AUGGCUAUUACUGUUGGUAUUAAUGGAUUCGGUAGAAUCGGUAGAUUAGUCUUAAGAGUUGCUUUAUCAAGAAAAGAUAUUACUGUUGUUGGUAUCAAUGAUCCAUUCAUUGCUCCAGAUUACGCUUCAUACAUGUUCAAAUAUGAUUCCACCCACGGUUCAUACAAAGGUGAAGUUACCUCUGAAGGUGAUAACUUAGUUAUCGAUGGUCACAAAAUCAAAGUUUUCCAAGAAAGAGACCCAUCAGCUAUCCCAUGGGGUAAAAACGAUGUUGAUUUCGUUAUUGAAUCAACCGGUGUUUUCACCACUUUAGAAGGUGCUCAAAAACAUAUUGAUGCUGGUGCCAAAAAAGUUAUCAUCACUGCUCCAUCAUCUGAUGCUCCAAUGUUCGUUGUUGGUGUUAACGAAGAUAAAUAUACUUCAGACUUAAAAAUUGUCUCAAAUGCUUCAUGUACCACUAACUGUUUAGCUCCAUUAGCUAAAAUUAUUAACGAUAAAUUCGGUAUUGAAGAAGGUUUAAUGACCACUGUUCACUCCAUCACUGCUACCCAAAAAACUGUUGAUGGUCCAUCCCACAAAGAUUGGAGAGGUGGUAGAACUGCUUCAGGUAACAUUAUCCCAUCAUCAACUGGUGCUGCUAAAGCCGUUGGUAAAGUUAUCCCAGAAUUAAACGGUAAAUUAACCGGUAUGUCAUUAAGAGUUCCAACUGUUGAUGUCUCAGUUGUUGAUUUAACUGUUAGAUUAAAAACCCCAACCACUUAUGAAGAAAUCUCAAAAGCUAUUAAAGCCGCUUCAGAAGGUGAAUUAAAAGGUGUUAUGGGUUACACUUCAGAUGCUGUUGUUUCAACCGAUUUCUUAGGUUCAAACUACUCAUCAAUCUUCGAUGAAAAAGCUGGUAUCUUAUUAUCUCCAACUUUCGUCAAAUUAAUCUCAUGGUACGAUAACGAAUUCGGUUACUCUACCAGAGUUGUUGAUUUAUUACAACACGUUGCUAAAACUAAUUAA